CGAAGAAUUCUCUGAGAGGACAUCAUCGCUACCAACUGGCUCAGCUCUAGAAAGUGGAGAGCGUGAUUCAACUCAUGAUUCUGUCAAGUUGCAGGCGGAAACUCCUCGUACUGAGCCGACAAAGACUCUCGCCGAUAUCGUCAACAAUGACUCUGGUGUCAACUUCACUUCACUAAAUCAGCCCUUGAUAGGAUUGGAUCCUGCUAAGAUGCGCCACUUGGAACUCGAAGAUCAAGGGAUUGAUCCCUCGAUCAUGAUUGCCACCGAUAAGGACACAUUCGUCAAGCAAAUCAGUGAGAGCUUACAAAGAGACAACUCUGUACAGCAGGUGCUUAAGCAUGUACAUCCCGACACCGAAGAGAUUCGCACCACUCUUUCUGGAUCUGAUGGGGGUGUACCCUUCGAAAACGUGGACAAGGACCAGCAGGAUGGAAGACUCAAAUAUCCGUCACGAUUUGCAUCGAGUAUCCUACAUUUGAACAAAAGGCUUUGGUUUGGCGACAGUUGGGACGCGGAUGAUGUGCGCCCUCUUCCAAAGCCUGGCUCUCCGUCGUCACCGUUCCACGGAAACGCGCCUUCUAGCUCAGAAGGGGCAGAGCAAGGCUUCUCAAAUGACGGCGAGCCAAAACAGCCGCUUUACAUUCCCCAGGGACCACCGAGCAAUACUGGCUACAACGUUGCUGGUACUCGGACAAUCGCACACGAUCCACAUAAGCAUAUCAGCGCCACCUUGACGCAAGCGGAAGUUAUAGAGGUUGAUGUCGAUGAUUCUGUAGACGACGAAUCGAGUAUACCAUCGUAUGCGGCCUCAGUCUUUACUGUUGAAUCAUUGGCUUCUUCCGCGUCAGCGCUUUCUGACAGAGGUGGAUACUCUGCGGAACAGAUUGCGACCGCCACAAGGAGACUAGUUAUGAUCGUUUCUGAAGAUGAUCUGCUGGUACCACUUUAUCAUAGUGCAAUCGACAACCCAGACAUAGGUCCUGACCGAUUGCGACUUGAGUUUCUGGCAUCACGGCUAGUGGCAAAUAAAGCGCGGUAUCUCGCAGAGUAUAUCGUUGAGAAGCUUCAGCCUCGUCUGUCAAAGCAGCAAGUUAACCGUCGUGAACAGCAGGAUGAAAGUUCCGAUGACGAAGAAAAGGUGAGCAUAGUGAACGAUGACAUGUUUCACGACCUUAAGGUUUUUGGUGAAUUCCUCGCUGGGAGUGCAGCUUUCAGUACGCUUCGGGUGCAGGUACAGUCCUUUGUCCUGCCCAAAGUCGCAUCGUUUUAUCUCGAAACCAAAACAAAACCACGGAAUCAGCGCAAAGCCGAUCAUGACACAAUGAAGGUUCGAAAAUGGGAAACCUGGCUUGAAGAUGUAAGACGUACGGUGGAUGCUAUCUUUCUUGACCCCAAGGAUACCCUGCUUAUCAAGCGCACCCUUUUUCUGUUCAUCGAUGCUUUCUACUUGACAACAGAUGCGCUUUCCAUUCGUUUUGGACUUUUGGAACCCCCACUUGCCCAGAACGCAGCACGGCUUCGCUGGAAAAGUAAAUUCGGCGAUCGCAUCUUCAGUGACAUUGUCGAAUAUCGCAACGAUGGUGUCGUUCAGCUCCUGCCUCGUCUGGAGCGUUCCAGCGGCACCAAAGUGACGACAGCUACUUACAAUCGCCAAACGGGUAACCAACAGUACAUCACUCCACGCCCAGUCCAGUGGCUUCGAAACGGAUUUGCGAAACUGUCAACUAAUGUCAGUACGUCUUCAAGGGCAGAGCCGUGUAUACCCCUGCACAACGUCCCUGGAUCAGCGGCAGCAACUGCAGCAUCCACCAACCCACCUGCUCCCCGGUCUAUCCUACAUUUGAUGGCCUGUAUGCACCGCAAUCGUUCGCGCAAAGUCCUUCAGCAGGAUGUCUUGGAGGAUAUCCAAACUGAUCGCGAGCUGUUCAGAUUUAUGCGCAAGCAAUACAUACGACAUCGUGGCCGCUUCCGCAAUAUGCUAUCCCUAAAGAGCAUACAAGGUAUCUUCUUCAUCAAGUUCAAACUGCCAAUUGACGACUGGAUCCUACAGCAACUUCCAAAGCGCAUUUGUGGCAAGCUACAGGGACAGGUCGGACAGCCAGCUGAAGGCUGGGGCGUAUACUACCAAGAGGGUUGGGAUCGAGAUCUUAUCUCUGUCAUGAUCUUCACGGUGUUUCUGGUAGCGAGCGCGCUCUUUGGAGCCCUUUGGUCGGUAUUCAAGUUCGAUAUCCAAGGCGCAUUCGGGAUCUCCGCAUAUAUGGUGGCUGUGUGUGCUGCUUUGAUACCUCUGAUUGCUAUGGGGGUAGACAAGCCUCGUUGA